AUGGCGACGGAAACUUCCGGCGAGAUAAAGUCGGAUCCUUCUCCGGAGGUGGUCAGAUUGAAGCCGAUUGAGGCAACCCCGGAGAGCUUCCGAGAAUUUGGACAGGUGGUGGAGACCUUGCCGGACGGCGAUGAGUUUGGGCCCCAGGACGCGCAGCUCGACCUUUCCGGCGGAAUUCCUAGGUUUUACAUCAUGCAUCUAAAGGACAGGCCUCUCAGAUUCGAGACGAUUACUCACCACGCAAAUGUAACCCAAUGCUUAGGUUCUAUAGGCGGCCACAUUUGGUAUCUUGGGGUAGCGAAACCAUCGAUUGUAGAACCAACUGAAGUUAAUGGAACUCUCGGAGCAAAUCUCGAGCAGUCCCAUUGUGGGCAUUUCUAUGCCCCACCAGAAGUUGAUGGGGUUCGUGUGUUCAAGAUUUCGGGUUCCAAGUUUGUGAAGCUGAAUCGGGGUACAUGGCAUGCAGGGCCCUUGUUUCUUGAGAAAGAGAUGGAUUUUUAUAAUCUAGAGCUGAGUAAUACAAAUGUGGUGGAUCACACUACCCAUGAUUUCGUGAAGAAGAACAAUACCAUCUUCUCAUUCAAUGAGUGA